CUCUCACAUAAACCAUGGCAGCCAGUUCAGCCGUCGCCCAGACUGCUAUGCAGCGGUUCAUCAAUUCUCCUGCUGGACCAAAGACUAUCCACUUUUGGGCACCUCUUGCCAAAUGGGGACUUGUUAUUGCUACCAUUGGUGAUCUCGAAAGACCAGUCGAGAAGUUGAGUCUCAAGCAAAAUGCAUCUCUCAUGGUAACCGGUUUACUGUGGAGUCGUUAUGCAAUGGUGAUUAUCCCCAAGAAUUGGUCUUUGUUUGCCGUCAAUGCUUUUGUUGCUGGAACUGCCAUGGUCCAAACUGGUCGUAUCCUUCAGUACCAGCAGACCGAUGCCUAUAAGCAGCAAGAGAAGCAAGCCGUUGCCGCCUAAACGAAACCAAGAAAAAAAUAAAAAAGAAAGAAAAAAAAAGGGCAGAAAUCAGCAUUUUGGAUUCUUACGCAUUUACUUGCCAGUUUUGAAAAGGUCUAUGUUACUUAGACACACCUUUUACACCAAAAUAUAAUAUAAUAUAAUAUAAUAUAUAUGUAUUUAUUUAUUUAUUAUACACGGU